AUGACAAAAUAAAUAAAUAUUCUUAAUAAAAAUAACAAAAUAAUAUAAAUAGAAAUGGCGUACUUCGCAUUACUUUGGAAAGCGAGGACUAUAGAAAAAUACAGGCUCAAUUAUGAAAAUGAGAAAUAUACAUCUAUUAUGGCCGCAAACACGCCGAUACCUCAAAAGUCUUUAUCGCAAAGGUGGCGUUACUAUCGUUCAGAUACGCAAAAACGUAUUUCUAAGAUAUUCAGAAGACUAUAUCCUGAAGGUUCCUCUCUAUCCAACUUCUUGCUAUACUUGAAAACAGAGUUGACGAUUCCCAGCUGUGUCGUCAAGAGUACAUUUGGAUUUUUGGGUGGCAUUUUGCUUACAUACCUUUGCUUCUUAUUCCUCGUCUUCCAGCUUUCUAUUUCUCUUUUUCACGCGACCAUUGUGAGCUCUAUUAUAGGAACCCUGCUUACUCUGGGUUUGACUUUUAGCUACAGAAUCAGAUGUUUGGUGUUCCUUUUGAUCCCACAAUUAUUCUCUCGAGUAGGAAGAUACACCCUGACGUGCUACGCUCUGGUUCUCAUCUUGACUGGUCCAGCCACGAAUACGUUAAAGAAUUCUGAAGUAUUGUCCGAGUCUAUGGCAUGUCAACAGGUACAAAUUAAAACGGCCGUCAAUCAAAUUAAAUAUUCAAUGAAGAAACCAUACAAUUCAAUGAGAGACUCGAUAAAAAUAAUGAUUGAUCGAUUGAACUCUAUUAACAGGCAAUUCAAGGAAAUUCUGCUUAAAUUAAACCGAUUGAUUUUGAGCGUUCUGGAAGUCAUCCAAUCAGGAUUCUCCUGGUUAAAUUCACUGACAGAAAUUUGCAAUAAGAAAUUUGGCACGCCAUUUGAAAGGUGUAAGAAAGCUUUGAACGAUGGCUACGAAAAUUAUAAACGACGUCUCAGUAAAGAUUUCGAUUGGAAUUUUGAUAUAUCAGAUAAAGUGAAAGUCGUGUGCUCUAAGGCCGUGUCAUAUAAUGUCAUUUGUGUCUAUGUGGACUACAUUAAUGGAAGUAUUAUUGCUACUAUCAAAAAGAGGUUAAAGAACUUCACCAAACGGAUCAGGGACAUGCUCUACCUGCAAAUCCAGACCCAGCAUUCUUAUUCAUUCAGUAGCAAUACCAGUCACUCCGCCAGUCAAGUGGCCGCUGGUAUCGUCACUGAGAUUAGAAAGAGGGCUGAUCCACUACUCACCUGGCUCUCUUGGAGUUCAUGUGUCACUAGUUUGUUUUUACUCCUCAUUAUAUUUAGAGCUAAAUAUUAUCAGCACAUGUUUGAAACAAGAUCUCGCUUCGACAAUCGCUAUAUAACGAAAGAGAUGCGCGAUUUAGACCUAAAAAGACUACGACAGGGCAGAGACACUGUCUUACCUCUAAAUAGAAGAGAGAGAACGAAAUAUGUUACGACGACCUCUUUCCGACUUGUAACUUCGGAGAAGGUCUAUUUGACCAGAUCUGCUGUGUUUAUGGUGAUAACCACAUUCAAAUUACUUAUACAUAUGGUCGCUGAUUAUAGCUUGUUCUGGGUGUUGACUACCAUACGCCAUCAUGGAGAAUUGCAAACACCAUUACCAAUGGAACCCCCCAAUGCUGGUGUAUUUAUAUCUGGUACUGGAAAAAUAGCCGAGAUCUUUCAAUCGUUAAUUGAGGCCUUAAAAACACCUCUAGAAUACCAGCAACCAUCAGAAAGUUGUCUUCCGAAUCCUUAUCCCCCUGAUUUGCAGCGAUAUUCACAAAUUGGUAUAUUAAUAUUUCUUCUGUGGUUCUUCGCUCUGUUCGAGCCGUACGGGCUUCGUUUACGGCACGUGGUUAUGGGACAUUAUCGACCAGAACGGGCUAAAGCGAGAGCUGAAUGGUUAUACAACCAUAUAUUGAGAACUAGAGGUGGUUUCAUGAAAUUCGCUCGAAGGAAACUACAUCGAAAAUAUAAAUAUUGCACAGAAGAGAAAUAUACAUUUAUAAAGUGGUUGGAAACACAUGCACCGUUCCGGUGGCUCCGAUCCUUAUUGGGGAUAAGUCCAAAAGAACCACGCUGUCUUCUAUGUAACACUAAGGAGCAUCCAAAUGACGAUAACACACAACUUCAAAGGUGCAAUUCCCCUAACUGUCCAGGAGUUUACUGCAUCAGCUGUUUUGUAGAUAUAGGUCAGCUAUGCACAAUAUGUCUCUCGCCCAAUGAUUAUGGUGAUUUGAGUGACAUCAGCCUAGAAAUGUAA